UGUGCACUUAUUAUUAAAUUGUCUUCUUAAAGCCCCCUGUUUAACCACAUUUUUCUGAUUGGCAGCCAUCUAUAUUUGCUCCACUUGUCCGCUUCCUUUACUUGGCAACAGUAUAAAAAAGAAAAGAAAAAAAAGAAAAGACUGAUCACACUGAGAGCUGCCCCUGUUCGCGGGACAGGUGUUUUAAUAAGGCAGCCAAUUGAAGUCCCCAGUGUACCCUGCUACUUGCUGCCGCUGUGUGAAUUCGCGGAGUAGUACAGAACUUAUUGUGGAGGCGCGCUAUCGCGAGACUUGAGCCAUUAUCAACCUGCUUGACACACAGCAGCGCUGAGUGCAGCCUGCCUUACCAGGGUCGGACUGGAGCUCAAGAAACGACAAGGAGAAGCGAACAUCUGGCCGCACAUCAUGGAAGGACGCCGGGGCUUGUAGGGAAAAAAGACGACGAAGCGGCCGGACAUACGUACUCCUUCCCCCGAUGGACGGCUGCUAUCAUCCCCGGUCCUGCCGCUUGCUUGUCCUGUAAACACCGCUGUGUUGUGUGUGUUGUGUGUGAGUGUGUGUGUGUGUUGGGAAAAGCACCGACGCGUCGCUUUCGCUGCGUUAUUUGGAAAGCGCAAAGAAAGUAGGCUGACUACUACACGGACCGGAAUACUUUGGAUAAUUUCGAGAGUGGAUCCGUUUACAGCGUGAGAGACAUGGGUUAUGAAGGAAGAAUGGAGUUCCCAGACCAUAGCCGCCAGUUGCUGCAGUGUCUGAGUCAGCAGCGUCACCAAGGUUUCCUCUGUGACUGCACUGUUCUUGUCGGGGAGGCUCGAUUCAAAGCGCACAGAGCCGUGCUGGCCUCCUGCAGCAUGUACUUCCAUCUCUUCUACAGGGACCAGCUAGACAAAAGGGACGUUGUGCAUCUGAACAGUGACAUUGUGACAGCCCCGGCUUUCAGCCUGCUCCUUGAAUUUAUGUAUGAGGGGAAGUUGGAAUUCAGCACUCUGCCGGUGGAGGAUGUCCUAGCAGCGGCCAGUUACCUCCACAUGUAUGACAUAGUGAAAGUGUGCAAAGGCCGGCUUAAGGAUAAAGAACUUUCCCCCCUGGAUGAGAAGAUGGGAGAGGGCUUGGGACUCGGCUGCUUGGACAGGGAGAAUUCCUCAGAUGGCGAGCUGCACAGUAAGCAGCUCAUUCGGCGACAGCUCCAGACGCAGUCUCAGGGGCUUCACAGGGCCCCCCCAGCGGAGGAGUUUGACAUGGACAACAGUGAAGUCAGGCUGGCUGUCACAGAUUGUGAUAGGUCCGCGCAGAGCAGGCAGAAGGCGAACGGUCACUCCGGCAGGUCCCCGGACCUUGUAGGUGUCAAUUAUGUGUCAGCAGAGGCCGAGCCCUGCAUCCAAACAGCUGGAAAAACAAAAGCUGAUGUCAGUAGUUCCACCGUAUCACUGUCCCAGAGGUCCCGGGCUUCAGAUGACAUGGACUGUGCACUGGAUUUGUCUUUCAAGCCUCUGUCUAGCAGAGAUCCCUUACACCCCUCCUACGUCUCGGGACAGCUGGCCCUCGACAGCCAGCAGCAGGGCACUGAGCCACUUGUUAAAGACGAACACGACUUGCUGUCAGAGCAGGAGGACAGUGAGCCGAUGAGCCCUGAGAGCCAGCGCUUUGGGAAUAGUGCCAGGAGCUCAGUGGUGACAGGGUUCGCUGCCCUCUUCCCAGGCAACAACGGCUCCGCAGCCGCCCUGCUCUCCCAGGAGGAGGACCUGAUGGACGAGGAGGGGGAGGCCUGCCGGGGGAGGGAGGGCGCCACAGGCAGGGAGGUGGACGGGAGGGGCAGGCUGCUGGGGGACAGCGAGGAGGAGGAAGAGGACGACCUGGCCUCCUCGGACAUCUCCACCUCCAGCGGGGUGCUCCUGCCCCCGGGGCAACAGGUGUGCGUGUGUCCCCUCUGCAGCAAAGUCUUCCCCAGCCCCCACGUCCUGCAGCUGCACCUCAGCUCGCACUUCCGCGAGAAGGACGGCCCCCGCUCCAAGCUGUCCCCCGACGGCUCGGUCCCCACCUGCAUGCAGUGCAACAAGACCUUCUCCUGCAUGUACACCCUCAAGCGCCACGAGCGCACACACUCCGGCGAAAAGCCAUACACCUGCGGCCAGUGUGGCAAGAGCUUCCAGUACUCCCACAACUUGAGCCGGCACGCCGUGGUCCACACGCGGGAGAAGCCCCACGCCUGCAAGUGGUGCGAGCGGCGCUUCACUCAGUCCGGGGACCUCUACCGCCACAUCAGGAAGUUUCACUGUGGCCUUGUCAAGACUCUCUCCAUCGGAUAAAACGCCUCUCGCCAGUGCCACGACAUAAGACAGAGUGUCUUUUCACACACUGUAUCCUACUACUGAACCAUUUCCCCACCCAUUAGUACACACACACACACGCCGGCAGUUUUGUCGCAGACAUAUCUUUCGGAUUCUACCCCAUGUGGCAUUUCUCAAGUGAAACAUGUAGCAACUUUAAAACUGGAGCUGUUCCUCGGUGCUGGACUGGGUCACGGGCGCACGCGGUGGCGGUCGGAGGCAGCCAGCUGGAAGCGCACAGGCUGCCCCGAGUCGACUCGUGCGCGCCGCGGAGCUCUAGCUGGAUCCGCGUUCGACAACGGUGAACAAAUCAGACGAUGCACUUGCUUGUUUCAGUCCCGCUCUUGUCAAUCUGUUGCAUUUUUUUUUUUUUUGAGGAUUAGCUGAAAAGGUGAAAAGAAUAAGUAAAUGAAUAGCAUCCUAUGUUCAUACCCUAUAGCAAAAUGCUAACAAACGUUAAUGUCAGAGAGAGUGAGACUUUAUCUGUGCACAUGGGAGAUCAGAACCGUCCAUGAGUAGCAAUAUAUGAUUUUUUUUUUUAACACCUACAUUAUUAUUAUAAUUAUUAUUAUUACUAUUUAUUUUGGGGGAUUUUCGUAGUCCUUAACAAGUAAACUAUAUUAAGGCAGCAAAUUUAAUGAAGUCUGACUACUGGAUUAUGGAAGUAGAUUUUUUUUGUUUGGUCGAGAUGAAGUUUUUAUGUUUUGUGAUAAGAAGCAGACCAUCAUGUUACAAUAUUUCUUUCUUUCUUUCUUUCUUUCUUUCUUUCUUUCUUUCUUUCUUUCUUUUUCCCUUAGUUCCCAGCUCGUUAAUUGCUCAUGUGAGCGAGCGCCCAUUGAUGGAUUGGCCUUCUAAUUUGCUACUUAACGACGAGUAGAAUCAGAGGCAGGAUGGAGAGUAGUUAAAAGCUAACACUGGUGCCUACUGAACCUCUUCACCUAGUGUACUUACUAAAAACAAGAAUGAGAAUUAUCGCCAUGCCUUUUUGUCUAGUAACUUUUUCAGGCCUUUAAAAAAGAAAAGGAAAAAAAAAGACAUCUGGAUUACACUCCACAUACCAGGUAGUAGUAGCAGGGGUGGGCUCUGGAAAUCAAAUCCAGCGUGUCCUUAAUUUAAUAAUUUACAAGAAUGUAAUUUAAAAAGGAAAAAAAAAAGAUGUUUCAAUUAAAUCUUUGUUGAUCCACGUCAGUUUAAUGGCAUGAGUUGCCCGUGAAUUGCCUUGUUAUUUCCUGGUAUGGCGUAAAGACAGCGUUUAGGACAAAGCCUCAGCAGGCAGAGGCGGGGACGUAGGGGAGGCACGUUCAUCCGCUGCGCUGUUCCUUCAGUGAACCGCUCUGCUCAACCUACUGACUUUUCUUUCUUUUGAAUUUGCCUUUUUCACAUCACUGGAUGUGUGUAAGUGACUACUGAUGACGUUUUAGUGGCGCUGCCCUUGAAGGAGUUCACCUACAUGCUGUGUUUAGCUUCUCACCAGGGGGCGUAGCACUAAAAAAGAAAAAAAAAAAAAAAGAAAAAAAAAGUUCACGAUAUUUCUCUAAUCUGUCCUGAGAAGACUUGAUCAGAAAUUAUUUAUUAGUUUGACUUGGUUCAGGGUUUACUGUAGGUGUAGUUUCUUCUAUAAGCUUGAAAGGCGACGCGUCUUGCCGCUAGCGAUCUUGGUACUCAUUAACUGGUAUUGGGGCUGUCCAUUUUUUUGUUUUGUUUUGUUUUGUUUUUUUCUCUGUGCAAAUCGAGUUACUGUAAUUUUUAAUAUAUUGUGUAGAAAUCUCUGUUCAAGAUUGGUCACAUGGGACAUAGAGAAGCACUUGUUUUUAGCAUGCGUGUAGUUUCAACACUAUUGUUUAGGCUGCUAUUUCUUACUAUGUGUAUAUUUAAUGUAAAUAUAUAUUAUAUUUAUCGGAAAGGUUCAGUUUCCGUGUUAACGAUGACACGCGCAAGGUGGAGAGGGGCCCCCCAGGGCGUCUUACUACGGUCCUGGCUUCUUAGUGUCACGUCUUCCUUUUUUUUUUUCUUUCCAUAUUCAAGACUCUGACUGGACUCCGCCUCACUACAAAUCCGAGCAGUUAAUACGGCUCCGACCGCUGUUCUGCCAGAGGAAACAGUUGUUCACAGGCGCAGCCACACUGAUACGACACCGGGCUACCUAUAGAAACGAGACAAUACAGGCAUUGUCCCCCCCCCCCACCUCCCCAAACACCCCAGCCGAGUCCCAGGUAGUUCUCAAGGGAUCAUUGUGUAUCUCUCUCUCCUAGCUGUGGGGAGAAAAGGCAGUUCAAGUCUCUCUUUGCACUUUCCUGUAUUGAAUGGAGCCACUGGAAUGUGAGAAAUGUAUUUAGUCGAAGGGAGACCAAGGAGACUGUAAACAGGUGGAUUGUUCUGAGGCAUCAAAGCACACUCCCCCCAUCUCGGCACGCAUUAGAUAAACACUUCAUUGUCCCCCCCCUCCCCUCCUGCAUUACCGUGAUCUGGUUGCACCCCUAUCAAGAGAAUAUCCUAAUUACUCUUGGAUGUUUUCCAAGAGCUAGAUUUAGAAAGGAAAACAUCGAGAUCGACAAUAAUAUAUCUGGCAGCUGACAUGAUAGAUUUUUUUUUUUUGUCUGUUGUUCUUUUAUUUGUAAUGUUAAUCAGUUCUUUCAAGACAUCAGACAAACUCAAGCGUGCACUCGUUUGGGAGCGUCGUGGAAAGCAUUUCUCUCAAGAGUCUGUUUCCAUUUUUCUGGGGCUGGCAAUAUACACUACCUGUAUUCACACGCCCCGGCAGUUAAAUCACUUGGUCGCAGGGCUAACAGUCUUCAAUCAGAACGUGCAGGAAUGUGGACAAUUGUGUCACCGUCUCGGCCGCAUUUUCACAAGUUAAAACUGAUCAAUUCUCUGACGUGCGCGCGCACAGAAGUAGGAAAAAGUAACGUCGCGUAAAAGGAAAACAAAAAAUGUCUUCGUAUCGUUCGCAGUCUUUAUUUAUGCCUCCAGGAUGGUCGCCACAUGUGCCUUGUAGACACACGAGUAGGUGUUGCAUCUGGAGACGCCCUUUUUCUAUACGUGUCCAUUUUUCGCCCUCGAACAAGUUCGCCGCAGCAUCCCGAGGCGUCACUCACUACUUUUUUUUUUCAGUCAUAUCAAAGUAAAACUAAAAAAAAAAAUGAAUAAAUAAAUUCCAUUUUCCGGAGCUGCUCGGCGAGAGCUUACGUUUUUGAAAUCCAUGUGAAUAAAUUUGUUUCGGAUGUGUUAAACUGAAGUAAAGCAUAUUUUUGUGUGUGUGUGCGUGCGUGCGUGUGUGCGUUUCGGGAACUAACAAUCUGUUCCUUUUGUAAUGUCACUGUUGAAUGUGAAACACUGAGAUUUUGAUUGUCGACUUGAAACAGUGCUACUCUCCGCGGAGGGCCACGUUUGCCUAACUCAUGCUGUAUGGUUUUUCUUCUUGUUUUUUUUUUGUUUUUUACAAAAAAAAACCGAAACAAACAAAAAAAACAACUGGAAUUUUUGUCCUCUGCAGGUUACAACUGUGAAAUUGUGUAUAAUCAUGAGAAAUAUUUAUUACUGCAUAUGCUUCUUGUGCAACAUUUGACUGUCUCAGUUUUAAUUUGGUAAAAAAAAGAAAGAAAAAACAAGCUUCUAAAUGUCAAACGAGAAUCUUUUUAAUAGAAUUUGUAGAAGUGCCAUUAGAAUUUAAUAUAAUUUUUUAAUGAGAAAAGUAUAUUUUAUAGUAAUCAAUUGCUUCAGUGUUAGUGGUGUAGAGAUUAGAGGACAAUCUUUAAGCAGAAUUGACAUUGCUUAGAAAUUGAGGCAAUUCACCUUGAUCUAUAACUGUAUGUGCAUUUUCUUUGCGCUUUUGGAGUGUGCUUGUGUGCGUGUGCUGUGGAAAUGUGACAAUCUUGAUUUAGGUCUUUAUUAAGAUUAUACAUAGAAUUAAAAUGGAACAACUUUC